UGUUCUGCUAAACAACAAGUUCUGCACAAGUGAUUUAAAUAUAAAGUUUAUAAAGUGAGAGUAAACAAAAUAUUGAAAAUGCCACGUAAAUUGAUGUCCACCAAAUCCAACUAUGGAUACAAGAAUGCUGUACAGGAGGCAGUUUCCGAAGGACUAAUUUCCGGAAGCACACUUUCGACGUUGGAUUACCAAAUAUUGUUGGACAAACUAAAUGCCAAUCAGAAGCGAGUGGUUCCAUUUGCCAACACUAGCAAGACUCGUUAUGCCUUGCUAAAGUGCUUCCAACGUUUUCAGGCAAAAUUCAAUGAUGUCCCUAAUGGAGUCUAUGAGUCUACUGAAAUUUCCAUUGAGCCGGCAGACGAAACAUUAAUAGAAGCCAAUUUGAAAUGCUUUCGAAAAAAUGCCACAGUGGAAAUGCAAGUUUGAAUCGAUCGGUCCUCCUAGUUGACAAUUUGAAUAGCCCACGUGCAAUGUUUUCAAAAUGCAAUUAUGAGGACUGUAAAUUUAAGGUAAUCGAUUUUAAAAUAUAUAUUCUUUAUUAACUAACCAGUUCUCUGCUUCAAAAGUAUAGAGCACAUGAUUAGAGAAGCUUACAGCUCUCAUAAUAAUGCGUGUGUUCUAUACUUUAAGAAGCUAAGAAUUAAUAAGUUAAAUUUUGUAGCGUAUGGUUAUUGUAAGGAUCCAUCUUGCAAUAGCUUUAUAUUUAAAGGGUCUUUUGAUGGGGUCGUUCAAGUUUUAACAAGUAGUCUUAAAAUAACACAUACUAAGUAUUUAAAAAAACAAACGCAGUGCAAGGUUGUAAACAGAUUUAUGGAAAGAGCCUCCAUAAAAACUGUACUGCGUUUGA